CGUAAACAUUGAAUAGUGAAGUGAAUAAAUAAUAUACCAGUGAAUUUGAACAAAAUAAUAAACAGUGUAAUUAAUAAGUGAAUGAACCAAAAUUUUAUUUUGUUUAAAUACAAAUGUAUGUAGAAAAUGUUUCAAUUGCUGACUUUUUUGUUAGUGACUUUGGGUGUAAUUGCCGCGUAUGUUCCGAGAGGUUUGGAUAAUUGUAGGAGAGAUUUCAAUGGUGAUAAAGGAGCAACUGUGUGCCAUAUACGAACACUUGAAAACAAUGCAUCAAAUCUUGUAUCAGCACCUUCAGAAAGUACAAAGCGUUUAACAGUUGAGUGCAACCAACUACUACUUUUUGAAAGCUAUCUUGAAGCAAACUAUUUUCAAAGAUUUAUAACGUUAGAGGAACUAACGCUUGCAAACUGCAAACUUCUUCGUAUACCAGGCAACGCUUUUGAAGGAUUACGUGAACUGAAAAAGUUAUCGAUACGAUCUAAGAACUACGAUUGGAGCCCGAAUAAAAAUUUGGAACUUUCACUUGGAACUUUUAACGGUCUACGUGAACUACAGACUCUUGAUUUAGGACAAAAUAAUCUCAAAGUUAUACCAUCAGAUGUAUUUUGUGCGUUAGAUAAUUUACAAAUAUUAAAUGUUACUCAUAAUAAAAUAAAAAAUAUUGAUCGUUUAGGCUUUGGACAAAAUUGUGGUUCAGGGCUUAGAAGCUUAGAUAUUAGUCAUAAUGAAAUUAAAUCCUUAAGUGAGGAUUCGGAAAUUUCAAAUCUUCGGCGACUACAAGAACUCAAAUUACAGCAUAAUAAUAUAAGUGAUAUCUCUAGUGAAAUAUUUAAUGGACUAAUAUCAUUACGUAUUUUAAAUGUUUCCUAUAAUAAUCUGCAGUUAAUACCGGAGGGCACGUUCACCAACACGAAAGAGUUACGAGAAAUAUAUCUAAAUAAUAACCUGCUAUUUGAAUUAGCCAGAGGCGUUUUCCACCGAUUAGAACAGCUGCUUGUAUUAGAUUUAUCGAAUAAUCAACUCUCAAGCGCUCACAUCGAUGGCGGAACAUUUAUUGGUCUUAUACGCUUAGUCAUUCUGAAUUUAUCCAAUAACGCUUUGACAAGGAUAGAUGGUAAGACAUUUAAAGAUUUGUUCUUUCUUCAAAUAUUAGAUUUAAGAAAUAAUUCAAUUGGAUAUAUUGAAGAGAAUACAUUUUUACCAUUGUAUAAUUUGCAUACUUUAAAUUUAGCUGAAAAUCGAUUACAUACGAUUGACGAAUAUCUUUUCAAUGGACUAUUUGUUCUUAGUAAAUUAAAUUUAAAUAAUAACCUUUUAAUAACCAUUGAUACAAAGGCUUUUAAAAAUUGUUCUGAUUUGAAGGAGUUAGACUUGAGUUCCAAUCAAUUAAUAGAUGUUCCUAAGGCAAUUUGGGAGUUAUCGCUUUUGAAAACUUUAGAUAUAGGAGAAAAUCAAAUAUCAGAUAUAAAAAAUGGAUCUUUUAAAAAUUUAGAUCAAUUAACAGGCUUGAGACUAAUUGAUAAUCAGAUCGGAAACCUUAGUGUAGGUAUGUUUUGGGACUUACCGAGUCUUCAAGUAUUAAAUUUAGCAAAAAAUAAAAUACAGGCUGUGGAGAGAGGAAGCUUUCAAAGAAAUAAGCAAUUAGAAGCCAUACGAUUAGAUGGUAAUUUUAUAUCCGAUAUUAAUGGAGUGUUCUCGGCUGUUUUGAGUUUGCUUUGGCUCAACCUAUCAGAAAAUCACUUGGUUUGGUUCGACUAUGCGUUUAUACCGGGUAAUUUAAAAUGGUUAGAUAUUCACGGUAAUUUUAUCGAGCACCUAGGAAAUUACUAUAAAAUUCAAGAUGAAAUUCGAAUAAAAACAUUGGAUGUCAGUCAUAACCGUAUUGUAGAAAUAUCUCCGUUAGCAAUUCCAAAUAGUGUAGAACUGUUAUUUAUAAACAAUAACCACAUUAACAACAUCCAAGUAAAUACAUUUAUAGAGAAGCGCAAUCUCACCAGAGUUGAUAUUUACGCAAAUGAGAUAUCUCAUUUAGAUAUCAACAGCCUCCGGUUAUCGCCAGUCCCCUCGAAUAAGUCGUUGCCAGAGUUCUACAUAGGAGGAAAUCCGUUUGAUUGCGAUUGUUCAAUGGAGUGGUUGCCUUUAAUAAACAAUAUGACUGCCACGAGACAAUAUCCCAGAAUUAUGGAUCUUGAGAAUGUUUUAUGUAAAAUGACACAUACUAGAGGUGUUACACAUAUACCUUUAAGCAACUUAAAAUCAACAGAUUUCUUGUGCACAUAUGAAACCCAUUGUUUCACGCUAUGCCACUGUUGCGAUUAUGUCGCAUGCGAUUGCCAAAUGACUUGCCCCAAUAACUGUUCUUGUUACCACGAUCCGACUUGGCAUACGAAUGUAGUCGAUUGUUCCAGUCAAAGUGCUAUCGAAAUACCAGAAAAAAUUCCUAUGGAUGCAACCGAGGUAUAUUUAGAUGGGAAUGACUUUAAAGAAUUGCAAAAUUAUGCAUUCAUAGGCAGAAAAAAUAUGAGAUCGCUUUAUGUAAAUUCGAGUAAAGUUGAAAACUUACAUAAUAGAACAUUUGCUGGCUUAUCUUCACUCGUGAUAUUGCAUCUUGGUAAUAAUAAGCUUGAACAUUUAAAUGGGUACGAGUUCGAGCAUUUGACACAACUAAGUGAACUCUAUUUACAAGAUAAUUUCAUUAGUCAUAUUGUUAACACGACUUUUUCACAUCUGAUCUCUUUGAAAAUUUUAAGGAUAGAUGGAAACAGAUUAGUCGAAUUCUCCAUUUGGAGUUUAACAUUAAAUAAAAACUUAAACAGUCUUUCGAUCGGCAAUAAUAUGUGGUCUUGCAAAUGUAGAUAUUUGCAAAGAUUUACAGCUUUUAUAUCAGAAAAUGUCGCUAAAAUCACUGACAUUGCAGAUGUAUGGUGUGCGAAUAUAGGCAGCCCUUCAUCGCAAAGAAAAGAAUUGAACCUUAAUGGUACUAUAUGCAGUGACUAUUAUGCAAGUGAAUCUGGGAUUGAUAAUAUGAUAAUGUCUAACUAUUUACCUAUGAUGGUCACUUCAUUUACGGGAUUCAUGUUAAUCUUACUUUCUACACUUAUUGUUUUCUUAUUUAGAGACACGAUACGCAUAUGGCUCUAUACGAGUUGUGGCAUUCGAUUUUUUCCAUUUACCGGAGGCUAUGAUGAAACGGACAAAUUAUACGAUGCUUACGUAUGCUAUAGCCCUAAAGAUGAUGAUUUUGUCAUACAAACCCUCGCAGCCGAAUUGGAAAAUGGAAAUCCCUCGUAUCAUCUCUGCCUACAUUAUCGUGAUAUACCUCAACAUGGCGUAGCUUAUAUGCAAUAUACAUUACCGCUUCCAGAAGCGGCAGAAGCGUCCAAACGCAUACUUAUUGUCUUAACGAGAAAUUUCUUAGAAACCGAAUGGUCUCGCUAUGAAUUUAGACAAGCACUACACGAUAUACUUAAAACUAGAAUUUAUACAUUAGUUCUCAUUGAAGACAGUUCUGUCUUGAACGAAGCAGAAUGUGACCCCGAUUUGAGGCCAUAUUUAAAAACCGGUUUAAGAAUAAAAUGGGGUCAGAAAAAAUUUUGGGAGAAGUUACGCUAUGCAAUGCCUGACCGGCGAUACAAAUCUAAAUCGUCUAGCUUUAGAAAUAAUAUCAACUCAUAUACAAUGAGAAGCGGUGUCCAAAACGGUACAAUGAGAUCGUUUUCUUUUACUGAUAAAAUGAGAGGGUCUGGCGAUACCGUGAAUGCUACUCCUGAAUGUAUAGAAGGUCGUCCUCAACAUCCACAGCCUUUGUAUGGAUCAGAUGGUAGACCACCAUCAGAUCAUAUUUAUUCAUCCAUCGACUCAGAUUACUCAUCAUUAGAAUUAGGUGGAAGUAAUCCCAAUCGUAGGCGAGAGUUCAGGCACUGGCCGCCUCCUCCUAUAAUUGAUACACAGCAUUCAGGUCAAGCUUACCUUGUCUAGUCUACGCUUCUUAAUGUUAAUAUUAAAAUCAUAUAAACGAAGCUUCUUGUGUAAAUUGUUAUAAUUGCAUCGCGCUUUACCAAAUAAUUAAGAUUUUAAUCUAUUUUUGUAAUUCCUAGCCAUUAAAGUGGACUUUGAUUUCGUGAAGUUGGUGUAAAUAAAUUCUAUAAGACUGCUGUAGAAUAUGUGAAUUAUGUAAAUAAUGUGUAAAUAGAUGUCCAUAUUAAGUCACAGUAUACCUAUUUAUAUACUUUAAUAAAGCCA